GUGCCAGCUGUCUUCUGAGUUCAGCUGUGAUUGCGAAUUUUCGUACGUAAAUAAAAUACAAAAAUGCUAGAAAAUGCGUUAGAAAUAUUCUCUGGCAAAGUUUUUGAGUUUAUAACAAAUGAAAACCGAAUCAAGAGAGAUUUAUUAGUGAAAAAGCAUUCGGAGCAUCUUCAAGUGUUAGGUGACUUUAGUUUUCCAAACACGUUGAAGUCUUGGCGUGGUGUUUUGAACUCAACACGUGUUACAAAUGAGUGUGAUAACAAUUUGUUGAAGAGCAUUGGAAAAAAACCCGAAGUUUUGGUGGAAGAAUCGCAAAAGUGGGUACUAAAAGUGAAAAAUGUGAAGGAAGUGAAUGAUCGGAUUCAUUUGUUUUUAGUACGGCCGAUAGCUAUACGCGUAGGUUUGACAGAUGGAUUGAAGAAUAAAUAUUUGAUAUCACAGAAAAUAGACGAAGGAACAUCAAAAGUGCAAUUAGACCCACUUUGUGAGGACACAAAAUGUAUAACAUCUUUGCGUUUGAAACAUCUUACGAAAUCAAUACAAAAUUUAUACACAUUAAGUGAGGAGUGUGGUGAAAAGGCGCCAAGUAUAGUUGUUAGCUCGAAAUCAACCAGUAGAAGUGAUGAUGGACAGAUGAUACUUUGUGGAACAGUAUUGAAUUCAAAAACUGGUGUUAAAGAAUGUGCAGUGACAGCAGAUAAUUUUAUAAAGCUUCGACAGAAUGAGAUGACAUUGAUAGCACAGCACAAAUACGGAGUAAGAGUGUCGACAGAUACCAAAUGGAAAGAGUUCAUUGCACAUCUGGGAGAGUCUGCUGUGGUCUUUGAAUUGCUACAGACGAAACCCAGUAGUGCCGUAAAGAUAAACUUUGAUCACUCUGCAUCUGGAUCUAGUAAAGGUGCAGCAUUUAUCUUAUACAACUGUGCCAGACUGGAAACCAUUAUAAAGACUUAUAAUGACAAAGUUGAUGAAGGAAUCUACCCACCAUUGUCAGAUUUUGAAAGCAUAGACUUUAGCUUACUCACACAAGAGGACGAAUGGACCUUAGUAUUUAACUACAUACUUGGUCUUCCAUCUUUGCUGAGCAAUUGUGUGGAAGUAAGUGACAGAAGCUGUGAGUUUAGACCUCACCAUGUCUGCAGUUUUCUGAGUUCAAUGGUCAGAGUGUUCAGUCAGUACUACAGGAAGGUUAGGAUAUUGACGGAACCAAGAACGCAUCUUCUACCAGUGAUGUUCGCAAGAAUCCAUAUGUUAAGAAUACUCAACGAUACGUUAAAAACGUGCUUAAGGAUAUUGAAUAUUAAAAGUGUUUCCCAAAUGUAGUUCACUUCUUUUAUUGGAUUUUCUAAU